AUGGCUAUAAAUAAUAUCCGGCAUAUUUACGGAGAAAUGGGUCUUAUGGACAAAAUUACAGAAGUAGCAAAGAACUCGGAGAAAAACAAUAAAAACACUGAGGAGAAGGAGAAACAGACAGCAGACAGUGCACCUGACGCGCAAAAAAGUCAGCCCCAGAAGUUGAAUGAGGCUGCCGGAAACAGCACAGCGACUAAUAAGCCAAGCGAAAUGGAUGUGAUAAACAGUAUAUCCGAAAAGCCUGCGCCAUCAAAAUCACUGAAGGAGAAGCUAAAAGCAUCAGAAAGCGGUGUCGAGGUACAUAGCGCAGGCACAGGUAUGGAGGGCGGACUUAGCAUCUCUGAAAAGAGACAUGAUAUUGUCAAGCCAUCUGUAUCCUCAAGCAGCAGUAAAGAUGCGCAUGAUCCAAUGAGUCUAGUCAAUAAAGGCACAGAGGAAAUUAAUCCUUCUCAUGAGACAUCUCUAAAGGGCGGGCUUGAAAAUAAAACCUCUAGCUCAGAUGUUAACUCUGGUAAGAUUCAUGCACCUAUUGACUCGUUUACCGUUUCAGGCGGCCUGGGAUCCGGAAUUGCAGAAAACAUCAAAAAAAAGAAACACGGCAACGUAGAGAGCACGCAGAGCAAGCCAAUUGUAGUUGAUACAAACUCUGGCUAUACAGAAAAAUCUCAUAAAUCAAAGGAUGAUUUUGAUACAUCAUUUGUAGAGCAUUCCCACAAGAACAAGCACUCUACAGAUGAAACAAAGGAUAAGGCAGAGCCAGCUGCAUCUUCACAGCCUUUAAAUCCUUUGGCAAAAAGCACUGAGGUCACGGGCGCUCAGCCAGGAAGGGUUGCUGGGCUAGUCUCUCUAAACAAUGCAAACAGCGCUACCAGUGCAAAUGUGCCGCCAACUCCAAGAAAUAAGCCAACAGAUCCCGUUUUAAACAAAGGGCCUUCAACUUCUAGCCAAAUUCCAGAAAGCAAAGAAUGCGCAGCACCCCUAGCUGCAAGUGGAGCAGUCCUUGGCGCUGGUGCGGCCACCAAUCAGACAGCCCCAGCUGUUUCUGCACCCUCUAACCAGGCUAGUGUCGCUGGCUCUACCAUCAACAAGGAAGUAACUACAAGAAAUGAAAUUAGCAACACAGAGAAUGGAAGGGUAGCCACUCGGGAGAUAGAAGAAAAGACAACAACCGAGAAAGCAGUGCCAAUUAGCAAGACAGAAGCAGCAGCACUAGGAAUUGUUGGGGCUUCUGCUAUUGGUGCCUCUGCUGUGGGCGCUUCUACCAAUGGUACUUCUGCCGUAGGCGCUUCUACCAAUGGUACUUCUACCGCUGGUACCUCUGCCGUAGGCGCAGGCAACCCUGCAUCUCAGCAGCCAUCCGCACAGACAAGCGAUCAAAACCGAAGGUAUGAAUCUAAGCCCGAGGCUGCCAGCGAUUCAUCACUUACACUGGAUAGAAAUAAUGGGAAAAUUCUCUACGAAGCAGAUAUCUACAAGAAAAGAUAUUUUCUUCAAUUUCUUUGGACAAAAAGGCACUUCACCCUCUCUAAGGACGGUAUUAUAAAAUACUACAGAAAUAUUAAUGGAAGAAGGCGAGGCGAGUUUGAUAUAGACGAGUACUUCAUGUCAUUUAAGCCCACAGAAGUUAAGCGAGGAAAAUAUCCUUAUAGAAUUACUUUAGUUAGUGACAAGUGCGAUGACUUAGGAUUUGAAACGAAAGAGCAGAGAGACGAGUUUUUGUUUUGGCUAAAAAAGGCUGCUGAAUAA